AUGGUACUCCUGACAGAAGUAACCGAGGCCAUGGAUCCCCUCGAGGAGAGCCUCGAGAAGUAUUCCGAGGCCUGCGUGCGGGUAAUCUGGCGGUACGAGCACGACUGCGAUGCUCGAAGCGUGGCUGAACUCAAGGAGCAGGUUGAGGCGACCCUGAGUUUGUUGCGAUUCUCGUCCCAGUAUCUCCGGAAGCUCGCUGCUAAGGUGGAUGCUCUGCCUUUGCCCGAGAAUCUGUCUCCGCCCACGGCGGAUACUCAGCCUUCGCCCGGGGAGGAUUCAUUGCAAUUCUCGUCCCAGUAUAUCUGGGACCUCGCUGCUAAGGUGGAUGCUCUGCCUUCGCCCCGGGAGACUCUGUCUUCCCCCGUGUCUCCGCCCGCGGCGGAUACUCAGCCUCUGCGCCGGGUGACUCUGCCUUCCAACCAGGAGAUACAAGACUCGAUGUUGCCUGACUCGCUGGAUCGUCGGUGUGGCGAGAAGAUCGAUGCCGCGGUGGACGCCGCGGCGGCAUCCGAGGAGGACCCUUGGUUCCGCGCGGAGGAGGCACGCCAUCGUUACCCUGCACCAAGGGUCCACGAAAGGGGGUACGACGUCUUCGACCGCCGCCGCACGCAGGAGGACUUCUGGCCUCGCGGGUCUGUACAGUGA